GCCUACGGCUCACCGCACGAGUUGUCACGGCAACUGUACAGCGUGCGCUUAUAAAAACAAGCGCUUGACCGUUCCCCGACAGUUUUCUCGACAAUCUAACGUUGCGACGCCAUCUUAUUCAUCAGAGGAGAAGACCCGAGACGCUCGUCGCAAACAGAGGGGACGCCCGCAGAGAGGCGACCAUGAGCGGAGCCGAAGCCCGCAGCGACGCGCCUGUUGCUGAAAAUGUCCCCGGUGGACACGGCACCGCGGCGGCACCGCGGGACCGCAAACCAGGCGCGGGGCUUCUGAAGAGGCUCAAGUCCCGGAGGAACCAGGCGGAGAGCAGGCCCGUGACGGAGCAAGACCUGCGGACACAGAGUGGACACAUCACGCCGGAUGACGUGCUCGGGCUGCGGGUGGCCGCGCGAGGGUACCUCUGUAAACCUCAGGACAAUAUUUAUAACAUCGAUUUUGUGCGCUUUAAGAUCAGGGACCUGGGGACGGGCACGGUCCUGUUUGAGAUUGCCAAACCCCCACAAACAGAGGACAACGCAGAGGUGGAUGCCAGCGCGGGCCGAUUUGUACGCUACCAGUUCACCCCGGCCUUCCUGAGACUGAGGACCGUGGGAGCUACCGUGGAGUUCACCGUUGGAAACCGACCUUUAAACAACUUCCGCAUGAUCGAGAGGCACUACUUCCGAGAUCACCUGCUGAAGAGCUUUGACUUUGACUUUGGCUUCUGUAUCCCAAACAGCCGUAACACCUGUGAGCACCUCUACGAGUUCCCUCAGCUGUCUGAGAGCCUGGUCCGUCAGAUGGUGGAGUGUCCUUAUGAGACCCGGUCUGACAGCUUCUAUUUCGUGGAGAACAGACUGGUCAUGCACAACAAGGCGGACUACGCCUAUAACGGAGGACACUGAUAUACAACACAUGAAUGCGUGCAUGCACACACGUUCUCACAUAUAUUGACUUGCAAAUAUAUUAUGUACAUACUUGCAUGCACACCGUCAUAUUUCACUGAUCAGUCCCUACUAUGACAUACAAACAGUGAGCUUCUAUUAGAAAAAGGGAGACUCAUUAAUUAUGAACAGUUCUAUUUUCAACCACAAGAGGGCGCAUCACUCCAGGAGCCAUGUGAAGGCUCUAACAGACCAAAUGCUUAUUAGAUAGAUGGUUAGCUCCCCUCUUAAAAGCAGUCCCUUCAACACACACACACGCACACACACACUCUCAAUCCCCAAGUGACGGGCAUAUUGUUUACGCAGUGUUUGUCAGAAGCAGCUGUUCUCUGAGCUACCGCCUCCACAAUCCACUCCAGAUAACACCGGGGGAGCGAAAGCAUCCACAGGAACACUGCUGUCAAAAACACAUGGUCACUCCUGCCAUUCCCCUCUCCGUCUACCUGACCCCCCCCCCCCCCCCCCCCCCCCUCUUAGCUUUCACACGCACACACACACGCACACACACACACAUCAGCAACAACAGUACUGUAUAAGAUAAGAGGUCUCUGACAUCAUUGUUUUUCUCUAAGCAGCACAAAUCAGGUAACAGUUAACUGCAAUGCGAUUGUAACUUCUGACGGCAACCAAACACACGGCCACAGCCCCACGUUAUUAACAACGGUAGAAAAGGGAAUUUCAUGCAGUAAAUACUCACGGGUUCUGACACCACGAUGCAUGUGAUGAUAUAAACCAAGAAAAGAGGGAAAUGGUUUGUGAGAAAUUAAAUACUGAAUAACAGAUAUACAGUGGAAAAAAAUGGAAAAAAUAAGUUUACUUGGUGCAAAGGUUGGGCGUCACAUCACAUGUUGAUUUUCCUCCCAAGUUGGAAUCCGUCUGGAAUUUGAGUGGUAUUUCUAGCUACGGUAAAUAGUGUACUUCCUCUUUGUACUUUGUAAACGUUGUUCAGUUGUUCAGGGUAAAAGGUGGUGUUUUUAAGAAUGUAUACAUAUAUAUAUAUAUAUAUAUAUAUAGUUUGU